AAGGAAUUGAUUCUCUUUCUCUUGUUUGGUUAAUGCAAAAAGUAAGAAAUUGAGAAAUAAACCAAUUCCUUUUCCAUCAAAACAAUUCCUUAUUUUUAAGAGAUAAAAGGAAAGAAAAGAAAAAGGGGCGUGGGUCGAGAAUCAGAAAAAAAAGCGGAGAAAUCAUUUUACCCCCCAUUCGAUUCCCGUUAGAUGCAGAUCCUGAUUUUUCAAACGAAGUCAUUGGAUUUUCCUGCAGUCGGCCCACGUAAGUGAUAAAAAAAUAUUCCCAGUAGCCCCACAUCGGCAGUAUACGAUUUGUGUUGAUCGAUUCACGCUUCAUCAGUUCUUUGCACCAGUUUAUUCCAAUCGAAGACAUGGCAGGGCGAAACAAACACACAUGGACUAAUGAAGAGGUUGCAAAGUUAAUUGAAGCAUUGUUGGAGUUACAUGUAUCCGGAAAGUAUGGUGGUGCCGACAACGGAUUCAAACCCGAUGAUUUGAAGGCAGUGCAACAAUUACUAGAUGUAAGUCUUCCUAACUCGGGUUUGAAAGAAGAGCCUCAUAUUAAAUCGAGGAUGAAGACAUGGAAAAACCAUUUCAACAUCGUGCACGACAUGGUAUAUGGAACAAACACAAGUGGAUUCGGCUGGGAUACGGAUAAAUGUUGUGUUACUGUCGAUGCUGAAGUUUGGGAUGAGUACAUAAAGAGUCAUAAAGGUGUUGCAUGUUUUCGCGAUAAACCAUUUCCCCAAUUUGAUAACCUAUGUAAAAUCUUCGGGAAGGAUAGAGCUACUGGUCAUGGAGCUACUGAUCUUGGUGAAGAUGUGACUGAAGAUACAUAAAGAAACUCACAUGUUGAUGUGGAAGGGUUGGAAGAGAUUGUUGAAGGACGCAAGAAACUGCUCGUGUCAAUAGUAAACACAAAAGACCUCCAACAGAUGACACAGAAGGCUCUUAUAAGGAAGCAGCGAAAGAAAUGAAAUAGACUUUCAAGGAGGUUGGUGAAAAACUUAAUGAAACAAUAUACAAUAUAGGAAGACAAGAAAAUAAGGAAGCGUGUGAUAUGAUAGAUAAAGUUAUCGAAGAUAUACAACGCAUGCCAAAUAUCAAUGUCAAACAACGAAUUAAGGUGAUUGACAUGUUUAGCAAAGAUCAAUUUCGUACCCGAGCGUUUUUUCAAAUGACAGAAGAAGAAAAGAUGUGUUACAUGGAAAUGAUUGGGAAUAGUUCAAUAUCAUGAUUUUUUUUUUUUUUACGAAUAUUGAAGUUGACUCAUUGCACAUUUUGUAUUAGACAUAGUUAUGUUUUUUUAGUUGUUAGGAAUAUUGAAUUAUACUUUUUCCAUAUAUCCUACAUUGGACAUAGUUUUUGAAUAGUAUGAUUUGCAUAUUUCUUUAAAAA